AUGAAUCGCGCAUGUGUCGCACGCCCCUCAUACAUACCCCUCAAGUCGCUCUGCCAUGCAAGCACCCUGGUGUCCCGCAUCAAAGGCGCGCAAGGGGCGGGGGGCGCGCAAGGGGAAGGCGGAGAGGGGCUGACGGCGGAGGGGGAGUGGAACAGCGGCGGAGCGAAGGCGGGGGACUGGAUGGGGGAGGGGGGGGAGGGUGGCGCAGGGCAGCAGAAAUGGGGCGGGUGGGGAGCAGCGGGGGAUGAGAAACAGCCGGGUCAGACGCCGCCUGCACCAGAUCUACCCGGAUUCUUGAAUACCCGCCCCAUUCCCGACCCUGAUUUCCCCACGGACGAAAGUGGGUCGGAAGGCAGAGGUUCAGGGUUGACGCAUGGGGAGGAGGGGGACGGCGAGGGGGAGGGUGGUGGGGCGUAUGACACAGAGACAGGAGCGCGGAAGGGGAAAGGGAAAGGGAAGGGGAAGGGGAAGGGGAAGAGGAAACCGAGGUAUGGGGGAGGUCCGGAUGAUUGGGAUGAGGUGCAUGAACAGCUGAUCACAGAAGCAGAUACCAUUGCAGGGGAGGCUAGGCUGGCUGCUAAUGAGGCUGAAAUGGCUGCUGCUACUGUGGGGGAGGGCGGUGGGGAGAAGGCCGGGGGGAGGGGGAAGGUGGGGGGGCUGUCGCGGAGGCGGUAUGAGCCUGGGGAGGAGGAGGAUGGGGUGGAGUUGAGGGGGGCAGGGGGGAAGUUGAAUCGGAGGAAGAAGGAAGGGAAGCGCGCGGGGGAGGGGGUUGGGUGGGGGAAGAAGAAGAGGAAGAGGAGAGAGGAGGAUUAUGAGGAGGAGGGGAGGGACGAUGAGGACGAGGAGGAGGAUGGGGUGGACACGGAGGCGAGGGAGGAGGAGGAGGAGGAGCGGGAGGAGGAGGCCGAGAUGGAAACGGACGGCCCAGAUGACUCUGACGACGAGGAUGACACCAGCAACACCUCCCGCCGGGGAGGGGGAAGCAUGCGGGGGCGCAGCAGCGUGCUGGCGCGGCACAUCCCCGGCACGGGCGUGCGGGGGGAGGAGCAGGUGGGGCGCGUGCGGCGGCAGCUGGCGUGUUUGGCAGGGAGGGAGGGCGGGCGGUGGGCGCUCAACAGCACUCCCAGCAGGGAGGGCGGGCGGUGGGCACUCAACAGCACUCCCAGGUGGCUGCCGUGGGACCUCCCAGCUGUGGGCCAAAGAGUGAGUGGGGCAGUGAUCCUGCUUCCUUCCACGCUCCUUGUUUUUCCCUCCUCCUCCUCCUCCUCCUCCUCCUCCUCCUCCUCCUCCUCCUCCUCCUCCUCCUCCUCCUCUUCCUCCUCCUCCUCCUCCUCCUCCUCCUCCUCCUCCUCCUCCUCCUCCUCCUCCUCCUCCUCCUCCUCCUCCUCCUGCUGCUCCUCCUCCUCCUCCUCCCUUCCCAAGCUAGCCCUCCACUCACUACCCUGCCCCUACACCACUUGUGCUCCACACCCUCACUCACCACCACACACCACCCACCCGUAUGGAGCAGGGCAGGCAGGGUGUACGGGGCUGCAGUGGGAGGGGCAGGGUGUACGGGGCUGCAGUGGGAGGGGCAGGGUGUACGGGGCUGCAGUGGGAGGGGCAGGGUGUACGGGGCUGCAGUGGGAGGGCGAGGCAGAGCAGUGGCAAGUGGAGGGCGGGGUGUACGGAGCAGCAGCAGAGAAGGCUCGGCGGCGGGGGGAAGCAACGCGGUGGCGGGUGAGGCGGGCGGCCCUCUACGAGUGGCAGUCGGGGGACGCCUCGUGCCCUCUGCUGCCCUUCCAACGCACUGCGUUCUGCCGGGCCGUGCGGGGGAGGAACUUGGUGGUGGUGGGGGAUGCAGGGGCGCUGGAUUUACACGAUGCGCUGCUGAAUCAUCUUGUGACUGCCCACACCCGCCGCAUUGCUGAGCCACUGGGAGACGCCUGGGCCAAUGCCACAGAGGGCGCAUGCUACGAGGCAGGCCACCCCCUCUGCACAGACGUGCGCCUCUCCACCUCCUCUCCCUCCUCCACCUCUUCCUCCGCCCGCUCCUCCCGCCUCCCCUCCUCCCACUCCCUCUCGCGCACUCGCUCCCGCACCUCCUCUUACACCGGCGGCCACAGCACCACAAGCAGGAGAAGCAAGCAGGGGGGCAUGAGCACCCAGCGGCAACGACAGCAGCGGGAGGCGAGGGAGGAGGAGGAGGACGACGAGGAAAGAUUCAGCCAGCAUGACCGGGAGGGGGUGGUGGAGGAGGAGGAAGAGGUGGCGGAGGGGAGAGUGGGCAGGCAGCUGCUGCGGUAUGGGGGAGGGCCGGAGGAGAGCGAAGUAGGGGAGCUGAGCAGAGGGGGGUUGGGGGAGGCGGAGGAGGAGGAGGAGGGCAGUGCGGGGUCAGCGGGCUUCAACAUGCGCGUGGUGCUCAACCCCUUCCUGUCCCCGGACACGGGGCGAGUGUCAGCUGUGAACAACCGCUGGGUGAAGAAGCUGCGGCGCUGGCGCACUGGGAUCCUCGUGCUCUCCCGCACCGCGCGAUACAAGAGCAAGCGCACGCUACUAAGGGAGCUGCGGGCCACACUGAAAGCGGUGAGGCAGAGGCAUCCCAACCUGCUCAUCAUCUGGCGCAACUCCCCAGCGCCGCAUGAUGACUGCGACGACGCCACGCUGCCCCUCCGCCGCCGCCCCCUCGCCUCCUCGUCGCGGCACCGCGAGAUGAACGAGAUCGUCAAGCCGCUGCUCGAGGAGUACGGAGUGGUCUACAUGGAUGUGGACGCGGCCACCUCUCUGCGCCCCGACGGGCACCAUGUGAGGAGGGACGGGUCGGUGGACUGCGCGCGCUACUGCAUGCCCGGCCCGCUCGACCAGUGGGUGCACCUGCUCUUCAACCACCUCCUCCUCCUCAACCGCCACUCCCCCCUGCCCUCCCGCUCCCCUCAAUCCCACGCCGCUGCUGCUGCCUCUGCGACUCCGGCUGGUUUGGGUGGGGGAGCGAGUAGGGAUGGUGUUGGGGAGAGGGGUGGGGAAGGGAGUGGGGAGGGGAGUGGAGAGACGGAUGGAAGUGGGGGCUCUGCUGUGGGCGCAAAGGGGACGGACGAGGGUUUAGGGGGUAGAGGUGGGAGCACCUCUGAGAGUGGUGGUGCUGAUACUGCUAGUGCUGCUGGUGCUGCUGAUGGUGGUGAUGGUAGUGGUGAGAGAGGGGUAGUUGGAGGGGACGGGAUGGGCAGUGGGAGUGAAGGAAAGGAGAGUGUGGAGGGGAGAGGAGAGGAGGGCGAGGAGGGGAGGAAAGGGGAGGGCGAGGAGGGGAGGGGAGGAGAGGGCGAGGAGGCAAAAGAAGGAGAGCGUUCAGGAGUUGACGUGGCGGAGGCAGGAGAUGGUGGAGGGAAGAGGGGUGGAGAGGGCGAGGGUGGGGAAGGCGAGGGGGAGAGGGUAGGAGGGAAGGGAGAGAGUGAGGAAGGUGGUGAGGUGAGAAGUAGGGGAGGCGAGACUGAGGGGGAAGAGAGUGGGUUGGGCGGGAAGAAGGUAGAUGAGGGGACGUUUGAGAGGGGGGAGGAGGAGAGCAGAGGGGAGGAAGGUGGAGAAGAGGAGGGAGGUGAGGGAGGAGGAAAGAGUGGAGGGGACGAGGAGUUGGGGGGAAAGAAGGUAGAUGAGGGGACGUUUGAGAGAGGGGAAGAGGAAGGUGAGAGUGAGGAGGAGGGGGAGAGUGAGGGAGGAGGAAAGAGCGGUGGGGAUGUGGAGUUGGGAGGAGAGAAGGUGGAUGAGGGGACGUUUGAAAGAAAGGAGGAAGGCGAGGGCGAGGGUGAGGGUGAAAGGGAGAGUGGGGGGAGAGGGGAGAGCAGAGGAGAAGACGAGCUUGGAGGGGCGAAGGUAGAUGAAGGGACGUUUGAGAGGAAGGAGGAGGAGGGCGAGGAGGAGGGCGAAGGGGAGAAGGAAAGUGAAGGGGAUUUGGGCGGAGGUAAGGUGGACGAGGGAACGUUUGAGAGAAAAGAGGGGGAGAGUGACGGAGAGGAGGGCACUAGGAAGGAUGAGGAGGGGGCGCAGAAGAGGGGUGCGGAAGGGGAUGGGGAGCUGGGAGGGGCACAGGUGGGAGACGGCACGUUUGAGAGGCAGGAGGAGGGCGGACAGGAGGGAGGAGAGGGAGAGGGCGGGGGAGAGAGCGAUGGAGAAGGCAAGAAGGGGAGUGGGGAGCUGGGCGGAAUGGAGGUGGGCGAUGGGACAUUUGAGCGGAGUGAGGAGGGGGAGGGAGGGGAAGAGUCUGGUGGAGGGGGUGAGGGGGUGGGAGGCGGUGGUGGUGAUGCUGGCCGUGGGGGGAAGGGGCAGAGCGGAGGAGAUGGAGAGGGGAAUGAGACGAGGACCACAGAUGAAGCAGCAGCAGCCGCAGCAGCAGCAGCAGAGAGUGAAGAGCCCAUGCUAGACCAUAUCCCCGGCAGCAUGGUGAAGGGCAGGGCGGCAGUGGAGGCAGUGCAUCGGGCGCUGGAGUGUGUGGUGAGGGACGGGCGGUGGAAGGCGAAUGAGGAGAUGCGAGUGCUGCCGUGGAACCGCAACCCCAACAGCGACCCGCAGCUGCCCAACUACGGCACGUGUGACGUGCUGCACGAGACCGAGGCGGGAGGGGUGAUGGGCGAUGUAGCAGACGAGAUAGUGCGCACCAACGGCAGCCCGGCGGACUGGAAGGUGCGCCCAGAGCUGCUGUUCGACUGGAAGCCGGCCACGGGGAGGGGGUGCCCGCCGUACGUGCCGUUCACGCGCGAGAAGCUGUGCCGCCUGCUGGCCCGGCGCAACGUGGUCAUGGUGGGCGACGGCACGCAGCUGCUGCUGCACGACGUGUUCCUCAACAACAUGUACUCGCUGCAGGCGGUGGAUCAGAUGGGCAAUUUGGAAGAUGCCUGGGAGCGAGACGGCGAGCCAGACUGUGCGGACGAGGGCCACACCCUCUGCUCGGACGUCAAUCCAAGCGCCACCUUCACCGUCCGAGUGGUGCACAACAACCUGCUGUCCGCGGACCUACCGGGCGGCGGCAAGUACAACAAGCGGUGGAUCAAGCGCCUGCUGGCUUGGAACGCGUCCGUGGUGAUCAUCAACAAAGGAGCCGAGCUGCGGCCCAGUGCGUCCAAGCGAUACGUGGAGACCCUAAGGGACACGAUGCAGCUGCUGCGGCGGCUGGCUCCCGACGUGCUGGUGGUGUUCCGCAGCACGUGGCGCGGCCAUGUGGACUGUGGGCGCGCUGAGGGGCCGCUCAAGGAAGUACCGGGCAAGGGCGGGACCACGCUGCCGUGGGACUUUGCCAUUGAACAGAACGCUGCUGCUCGCGCCAUCAUGAAG